AACAUUUUCACCUCAACAAUUUGUUUUGAAUGGAUACAAUUACGAGACUGUUAAAAUAUAUAGUCAGUUAUCUGGAGCGUGUAAAACAAACUGCACGAAAACAAAUCUGCCCGCUGUGUAGCCGAGUUCCAGUUUCCAGGCGUUCAACAUGUUGAUUUAUUUAUGGCCUUCAAGAAAGAAGGUGUAGGCAUGGGCUGGACACCGGGCCACUGCGGUUAUCUUCACCGCUCCCUGACCGAGGAGGAUGGAGGUAGGCGAGCACAUUAAUGAUGCAUAGGGACCAGUACGUUCAGUUUAAAGUUCUCCAUGCUCUGUGCAGGCCCACUGAAAUAUGCAUGAGGUACGCUGCAUGUGCAGGCUGCAGCCCGCCGCGUUACUUUCCACCCGGUCGAAGGGUGCAGCGUUUGACGGCAAGCUUGCAGCGGAGCAACCGCAGGCUCUUCUGAUAAAGAAUGCUCGAGUCGUCUUGGAAAACAAUAAACAGUGGUGGCUUCUGAGGAACCGCAGUGGUCAUUCAGGGUACGUGCCUUGUAAUGUGCUAGAAGAGGUCAAACCAGGAGAGCAGCCGUACAACCGAGCAGCUCUCUUUAACAGCCCGGCUGUGAAUCCUUACAAAGGUACCUCAGCUGCCCCUGUAAAUCAUGCCGAGGUUUUGGAGAUGAAUAAAUCCUCCAGGGACAAAGACAACCGCAGCCAACAGAAGGAGGUAAACGAUGAGCUGUUGAAGAGGAUUACGGACAGUAAGGCUCAGCCCCCGGCUCGUAACUUUCGGGUAGAGCGCUUGUGCACGACCGUGCCCAUCACGCAAGCAUCUCAACCCUUUGAGGUCCACGCUUGGCUCAAUGCCAAAGGUUUCUCAAGGCUGGUGGUGGAUUGUCUGGGCACUCUGAAUGGGGCUCAGCUUUUUUCUCUCAGCAAGGAUGAGAUGAGGGCCGUGUGCGGGGACGAGGGGUCGCGUGUGUUCAGUCAGAUCAGUGUGCAGAAGGCCCAAAUAGAGAGGAGUCACGGCGACACAGAGCUGCAGGAGAUCAUGAGACGACGGCAACAGGAAGUGGAGGGCUCGAUCUGGGACUGAUUACAGUCAAUCAGGCUUCACUCAUGGCAAUAAUUUCAUCACAUUUUCUUCAAUACUCUUGUUCACCCUACAAUCAACAGGCACCCAGAGGAAUUCAGAACAGAUGGACUAAACAGCUCCAGUCAUUACUGUAGUCGGGACCAGCCCAUUUCCUUUAUGACCUGUACAAUGUAGUGCUUAACACUAGUGCUUUAAAAUAAUGAACAUGAAAGCAUGGGGAUUGCAGUCUUUAACCUCCAUUUAUACUGAGAAAAUGGGCUUUGGCUUGUGAUAAAACAUGAUCAUUAACAUUUCAAACAAAAAUGACUGUAUAUGUCACUGUAUAAAAAUCGUGGAGAUUUUCUGUAUAACGGUACUUUAUAAUAUUCUGGAUAAUGCUAAUGCAGUAAUGUGUUAUCAAAUACAUAACUCAGCUAAAUAACUACUUUAAUAUUAAUUUUGAAAAAUGUUUUAUUCUUUUAUCAGCACUUCUGUCUCAUUUGUCACACUUCAAUAUUGCAAACCAGAACAUGCAUAAUCAAUUAAUCAUUUUUUCUCUCUUCAUCAUGAAUGUGAUAGAACAUGGUUACAGGCACCCCAUGGGCACUAACUAUUAUAUUUUGAUAGCUUUUUGUUUUGCCACAAUGUGAAAAAUAGA